AUGGCUUCACAAGGAGAUAAACAAGAAAUAAUACAAUAUGUUCCCUUCGCAUCCUUUGUUCACCCGUCAUUUUGGCACAGCUUAACUGAGUUGAAAUUAAACGUAGAUAAAUUAAAUGAGAACACAAAACAAAUAUAUGGGAGAUUUACCUAUAGAGAUGAUAUUGGCAUUGUUUUUGAAGUUGAUGGAACCUCUUUCAAUACUGAACCAGAGCUGGAAUUGAACCAUAUCAAUGUUACUGGUACUCUUAUGAACAAAAACACAAUAGAAGAUUUCAAAAGUAUUGACAAAGCAUCAUUAUUAAACAGCAUAGGAGAAGUUAUAAGGGCAAAUAUUCAAAUGAUGUCUUGGAUUGACAAUCCCAGCAGCUUACUGAACUUUUUUAUUCUUUCUUUUGCUGAUCUCAAAAAGUUCCACUAUUAUUACUGGUUUGCGUUUCCUUCUCCAAAUCAACCCACAGUGUGUCUAAAAAAGAAAACUAUUAUAAGUACAGAUUUCACACAAGAACAUUUGCUCCAAAUCUCACAAAGCCAUAAAUUAUUAGAUACAUCACAGAAAUCUUUCUUCAUUAUUACAAAAGAUAAUAAUCAAGUCAAUGUUGUACCACUUUCAAAGGCUUUGGAUAAAAAUAAAGUGAAUAGUCCAAAUAGUUUAGAUCUUUCAAAAACAUAUUUCGCAUUCUCCGAUCCCAGUAAUAGCGAAAAUCCUGGAUGGCCCCUCAGAAUAUUAUUGGCAGCUUUAUUAGAAUACUGUCCUCUCUUAAAGGAAGAAGAUAUUUCAAUAAUUGGAAUUAGAUGUAAUAAAGAUGGUGCCAUAGAUAAAAGUCAAAUUUUCACAGUCACCAUACCUGAUAAUGUCCAAUCAGCUGAUAAAAUAGGCUGGGUUGGCUGGGAGAGAAAUGACAGAGGAAAUUUUGGACCUAAACUAGCUAACAUGUCUGCUUCCAUGGAUCCUAUAAAGUUGGCAGACACAUCAUCCGAUCUCAAUUUAAAGUUAAUGCAAUGGCGCUUAAUACCUGAUCUUAAUAUUGAUGUGAUGAAAGAAACGAAGUGUUUAUUGCUCGGUGCUGGUACAUUGGGCUGUCACGUGGCUAGAGAUCUACUGGCAUGGGGCUUCCGACAUAUAACAUUUAUAGAUAACGGCAAAGUGUCGUAUUCUAAUCCAACACGACAAGUUCUCUUCUACUUUCAAGACUGUUUGAAUGGCGGCAAAAAGAAGGCAGAAGCGGCUGCUGAUAAUUUAAAACUUAUUCUACCUACUGUUCAAAGUCAUGGUUUAACUCUCCAUAUACCAAUGCCAGGACACCCAAUAGGCGAAUCUCUUAAAGAAGAAUCUAUAAAUAAUAUUAAAUUAUUAACUGAGCAAAUACUAAGUCAUGACGUCAUCUUCCUACUUCUGGACACGCGUGAGGCAAGAUGGCUGCCGACUCUUAUAGCUGCGUGUAACAAAAAGAUAGUUAUUAACGCAGCAUUAGGCUUCGACAGUUAUUUGGUGAUGAGACAUGGUAUCAGAUCUGACUUUCAAGACACUCCAAUAGAUAGCUGUCAAGUGUCGGGGGAACAGCUUGGGUGUUAUUUUUGUAAUGACGUCACUGCACCUGGAAAUUCUCUAAAAGACCGUACACUAGACCAGCAGUGCACGGUGACUAGGCCCGGCGUCGCCGCCAUUGCCGGCGCGCUUGCGGUGGAAAUACUUGUCGCUUUAUUGCAACAUCCUUUAAGAAUUAAUGCACCCGCGGUAUUAAAUCAAAAAGAAAAUGAGGAACUGAAUCAAGAGCAAGGAAUUUUAGGUGCAGUACCACAUUCCAUACGAGGUUUUCUACAUUCAUACCAAACAAUGCUACCAACAUGUUCUAAAUUCAAACAGUGUAUUGCUUGUUCUAACACCGUCAUAGACAAGUAUAGAGAGGAGGGCAUAGAGUUCCUAUUUAAAGUUUUCAAUAGUGGAACCUAUUUGGAAGAAAUUACUGGUCUCUCUGAGCUACAAUUGUCUGCUGAAAUGAUUGAUAUACUCACGUUAUCGGAUGAAGAUCAGGAUGGUAGUCAA